GUUGAAUCAUAGCAGUUGGGACUUGCCAUAGUGCUUUGGAUUAUUACCGAAAUGGCUUUCAAGAUAUGCAUUUUGGCAGCACUCGUUGCCGCAACGUCUGCCAAAUACAACCCCAUGCCUCAUGGUUCAUACUCCAAUGGAUAUAUGGAUUCAACAGGGGCGCAUUCCACUCCGGCGGAAAAGUCCUUUCCCAAUUACCAAAUGGAUAACGUAAAUAUGUACUCGCAUAAUUUAGGAGGAACAUAUCAGCAUUACAUGCCAAUGCCAGGAAGAAUGUCUGCUGAACGAGACGUCUACCCCGGAUACAGCAAAUAUUCUUCAAAUCCUCACAUGAUGUCCAUGAUGCCGAGCGGGUUGAAUGUUCGUUACACUUCGACACCAACAACAAGUGUACAACAAGGCGGUCAACCUUACGUUGAAAUGGGCGACCAUCAGAAUGCGUUGGUCUCCCCAUCCUACCCCAAUUUCUACAGUAAUGGAGCUGAAAUGCCAUACAAUCAUCAGUACCGGAUGAGAAUGUCGGGAGCGGCUCAAGGAUAUGCAGGAUAUGCACAUUCAUCGAUGAUGAAAGGAGAAGCCUCUGUCAGACCUAUCAUGUCAAGCUAUCAGGGAUCUGACGGAGGACAUAUGAUGAUGAUGAACGGCGGUCAUUACUCGCAUCAGAUGCCUUCGUCUUAUGUUUCAUUCAACGGAGGAAGUGGGGCCAAUUACCGGUGGUAGUAAAACAAUUUCAAAGGACAUGGGUAGUUGAGUAUAUUGUGUGUGUUAUGUUUUGCUUCUUUUGUAGUGUUUUAGUCGAAAAUAAAAGUAAUUUUUGUAGA